AUGUAUUAUCCUGACUAUCCCUACUAUUAGAAUUACUACUAGCUCUAUAGUUAUUUGCCUAAAUAUGGCUAUAACACUGCAUUCUCGCAUUAGGCUGCUUCAUCGCCUUAAUGUCAAGUCGGUCUUGGAAAAUAACAAUAGCGCAAGUAGAAAGAAACUGCUGCACUGCAAGGCGGUAGCAGCAGUCAGGGUUAGCUUUAAAGCUCGUCAGGAUCUUCAAGCGUUUACUCAUAAAAUUAAUUGGGAUUAGAUAGAUAAGAAAAUAAAGAAUCAGAUUAGUAAAAGCAAUUGAUAGUACAGUGGUUAAAGUCCAUGAACAUAGACUAAAGAUUUGAAGUAUUUAUGAUCAAAGAUAAAUGGUUUGCUCAAACAAUUACAAAAAUGUAUUGGAAGUAAAAGACAGGAGAAUUUUCAGCUUUUGCACUGUAUUCUGAGGAAGAAAAAAAAGACAGUAGAAAUACCAACAAAAUAGUAGAACUAGAUUCUUAAUUUUAUUGCAGAAAAUGUAUUGACCAUGAUUCAGGUUCUAAUGCACCAAGAAGAGAAGCCGAAUAGGAAAUUGUCAAGGUGCUAAGAAUUAUUGACGAUAAAGAAAUAUACGACUCUCUCGUUUUUGAUAAGGGAUUUUUGGAUAAUAUUGACCAUUUGAUAGAUGUAUUCGAUAUAGUUUCAGACAAUAAUAUUUUUUAGACUAACCCCAACCAAUACAGCUGGUUUCAUCAAAAUACAUUUUAGACUAUUGCUUGCUGGAUUGUCAGUUAAUUUGAGAGGAUGGUUCAAUUCAAAUUCUAUGAAGAUAAACAGAGAUAUCAUUAGAAAUUAGGAAGAUAGCCUUAGGGUUUGAUCAGCUCUUCUUAUUCUAACAACGCAAACAAUCAAAGCAAUAACUAAAGCAAAGAAAGCAACAGAUCAGAUGAUAAAUUUAAUGAUAUUAAUGCAGUAAAAUUAAAUGGUAGAAAUUCUUCUACUGCUGAAUCUUCUGGUUCAGAUGCAGUAACUAACGGAAAUUGUUCUUUAUCUAAACAAGACUCAAACUCAUACUCUUAAAACACAAAUAAUAGCAGCAAUAAUAACAAUAAUAAUAGUAAUCAUACUAACAUGACAAAUUAGGGAUACAACUCUUUCUCUUUAGAUAGUCAUUCAAGCCAAGAAAAUUUGAGCCAUUAUUUAAGCCUUCUUUAAUAUUGGCGCAGUAUGAAUUCAUCAAAAAAAAGAAAGAUUUUAAAUAAGGGAUCAGAAAUACAUAAAACGCUCAUUAGUUAAAGCCAAAUUGAAGGAUUAGAUAAAAACGAUAAGCAAUUAGAGUGGUACAAAAAAACAAAGGACUAAUUUUAUCAAAAACAAAAACUCCCAAAUGAUGAAGAAAUUCAAUAAAACUUGUUGUAAUUUCUUGAUGACCAAAAGGCUGAAAAGUUCAUUGAUUAGUUGUGUUUCACUAGCUUAGACGACACUACUAAUGUAAUUACUAUAAUUUUAAAGAAAUUGCAUGAAAAACUGAACGAUAUGUACUCUGAUCAAAUUGCUUAGUAUUUGAUCCAUAAUGAUGAGUUAGAAAAAAGUGUGAAAAAGAAAAAAAAUAAUACUUAAAAUUAAGGCAGUUAAAAUGGCGCAAAGAAAAAGAAAAAAAGCGUUAAAGCUAAAUCUAAAGGUAAUUCUGGUGGAAAUAAUGGGACUAAUUCUAGCAGUUAGCCUCCUAUUAAAGAAACCACUUUUGCAGAAGAAGUAAGUUUGAUGCAUUAGCAAGAAAUCCUUCAAGAUUAACAAGAUAAAUUAAUUUAAUAAUAAUAGUAGUAGUAAUAAUUGUAAUAAACUUAAAAUGAAUAAUAGUAGAAAUAGGUAAAAUAAACUGAAAAAAUUGAUAGCAAAAAUUAAGCUGAAAGCUAAAAGCAAGAUAAUUAAAAUGAAAAUGAAGAAAAAUCUUCUUCAUUGGAGAAUUCCAAAAAAUGCGAUAGCUAGCAAGGUAGUACUAAAUUAGGAUAAUAGCAAAUUAGCAAAAAAAAAGUAGCUGUUUCAAGCAUGCCUUUAGUCUUGAAGAUGCAACAAUAAUAAAAGAAAAAUGAGUACUUAGAAGUUUGCUGCUAAUAAAAUAAAUGCGAAAUGAUAGACAUGACUAAAUAGAUAGCUUAGAGACUUAUUUCUAGCUGCAUUUAAAUUGUUGAUACAUUUUCAUAAAGAAGCGAAAAUAUGGAUUCAAAUUAAGAACUUCUGCUCUUAAAUAAGGAAUAUGAAACAGAUAAUUAGUCAUCAGGAAAUACUAACAACACCAAUUUAAUUGUAAAUGCAAGCAUAAAUGGUAAUGCAGGCUCAACUGCAGGUUCUAAAAAGAAAAAGAAAUCUAAGAACUAAAAUAUAUCUUAAUAGAACAAUAAUACUACUAGCAUAACUUCAAGCUAGAACUUAAAACAAAAAUCAUCUAAGAGCAAAUAAGAUAUUUUGGCAGAAAAAGAUGAAGGCAAGAUUUACUAAGAAAAUGAAGAUAAAUAGUUAAAGAAUAAUGCUGAUGGAGAAGAUACAGAAGAACUUCCUCACCAGAAUUACUCUGACUCAGAUUAAGAUGGAGCCAAAAAGGGAAGUGAAAUCCAUUCUGAUAACACAACUAUUGACUGCCAAUAUAGAAUGUGCAGUGCAAUAACUAUUUCCUCAAGCUCCAAGAGAAAACAAAGUGAUUCUCAUCAAAGCAAUUCUUCAUCUCGACACACAACUAAAAAUAUAAAUCAUUUCUCAGACGAAGAUGACUUCAAGCACUUUAACGAUUAAAUUAACUAAGUUAACAAUAAGAAAACCAACUCAUAAAACAACAGCAAUGCCAAAUAAUAAAGCAAACAGAACUAAAAUGAUAAAAAGAAUCAAAAUAUGUAAUAAAGUAAUUAAUAAAAUAAAAAUCUUAGGCAAGGCAAUCAUAAAUUGUAAGACAGAAAGUAACAGUAAAACUAACAAGAUUCUGUACUGGAAAAAGAUGCUUAUUCUCUCACUAUUAACCAAAAUAACAAUGUUAUAUGCAAUAGUAGCAUGGAAAGAGAAAGCAUAGUAAGCAGUAGGAGUAGCUCUUAAAUUUAAGUUUCUAGUUAAAUGUCUCUUAAUCAUUAGAACUCAAUGAAUCAUAACAACAAUAGUUAAUAUACUACAACCGCUCAAGAUGAUUCUGACUUCAUUCAAGUAAGUAGCAGAAAGAAAAAUAAUAAAAAUCAGCAAUAAGGAUAAAUUAAUAAUAGCAGUAAUAAUAACAACAAUAGAAAAAAUUAGAAUAACUCUAGUGUAUCAAAUUCAAACAACAGCAAUAUUAAUAAUAAUUACAAUAGUGUAUCUAAUUCUAACAGAUAAAAUGGAAGAAAAAAUAAUAACAACAAUACUAGCAAUAAUAAUAAUAAUACAAAUAGCAAUAAUAAAAACCAAAAUAGAAGAAAUAAUAGAAAUGAUAAGCAAAUUCAAGGGGAUGGUAGAUAAAAUAAUCAUUAGCUUAGAAACAACAGAAGCAAUGACGAUUAAUAAGUCUAGUUAACAAAAGAAAACAGCAUAGUUUCUGAAUAAAGCCAGCAAUAAAUAAAUGAAGAAGAAUUAAGUAACUCGACUAGCACCCAAAGUAGAUUUACUUAGAAGUCAAAUAACUAAUAAAAAGAGGAAGCUAUUGUUUCUUCUGACCUUACAACAAAUAACACUAAUAAAUAAACUAAUUAGCACUCCAAACAUAUAUAACAACAUAAAAAACCAUUAAAAAUAUUAUAAAAGUAAAUUGCAAUAAAUACAAUAGAUAUUCUCACAUCAAAAGAAGAAGAAAGUCCAGAACUCAAAUAUAUUCAGCUUUAAUAGCAGCAAAAUUCAUCAUAAAUAUCACCAAGCUUAAACUUGCAAUCUCAAACAAGCAAGGAUAUCUCUUAAUCAAUUAAAUAAACUGAAUUUGACAGCCAAUAAUAAGAAAAUUAAUAAUCUAUAUAAUAAUCUAAUAUAAAUACUAAAAUUACUUCUACUCUAGUCUCUAAUUCUGCCAUAACUAAUGCAAACAAUUCUUAUAAUAAUGCAAACUCUCAAGAAAACUCAAUUCAAAAUUCUAACUUUUGUUAGUAAUAAUCAAGCAAACAUCCCAAAUUAACUCCUAUUAAAAAGUAAAAGCUUCAAUAAAAAUCUCCUCUAACUUUGAAUUCUGAUAAAUUCUAAGUGAGGGAAGAAUAUGUUUAAAAGAGCUAGUUAAUUUAACAAUAAUAACAACAACAAUAAUAAAAAUAAUAAAAUAGUCAAACAUAGUAACAACCUAAAGAAAGUAAUUAACCAGAUUCCACUAAUUAAAUGUCUCCAACAUAAACACAAACUUCACCUACAAUUAGUUAAAAUCAAGCCUAAGCUUAAGGACAAAAUAGCAGCACCUUAUAAAACCAAGCUUCUUAACCUACUUUAAAAAAGAAAUAAAUGAGCAAUAGAAAAAAAAGUAGCUAAAAUAAUAACGGAUAAAGCAAUACACAAGAGAGUUAUGUCGUAGCUAAUCCCUAAUAAAGAAAAAAUAAAAACGGAGCAUUUUAAAAUCAGUGGAAAGACUCCAACGACCCUAACAAUCCUCCUGUUGUCCAUCAAACUCUUAAUAAUAAAGCCAAAGCUAAAAUCGCCAAGAGACUUUUCAGAAGAAAAAUUAACAACGAUAUUCUAAGCUUUACUGAAAUGAUAAAUUUAGAGUCUUAUAGACAUUAGCCAAGUAGAUUUUUAAUUUUCUACAGAAUAUAGCAUUUGCUAAAGAAGUAGUUUGAAAAAGUUGAAAGCUAAGUUGAUUUAAGAAUAUUUGGUUCUUGUGCAACUGGUUUAUCUCUUCCUACUAGUGACAUAGAUCUUGGAAUUACUGGUUUUGAAUGCCACCCUAGAAGUGAUUUGAUAUACAUUCUUAACUAAUUAGCUAAUAUACUUGAAUAAUUUAAAUGGGUAAAAUCUAUCGAAAGAAUCUUCACAGCCAGCAUUCCAAUUAUUAAGAUGGAAGUAGAUCCUUUUGUUGACUUCAAAGAGUGCAUAAACUAAGAUGAAUUAUUAUUGUUUUUCGAUCCAAUAGAAAUUUAAAAUUUAAAUCUUUUGGUCACUGAAGAAAACUAAAGUUUAAAGGGCAUUAACUUAAAGGUAGAUAUUACUGUUGAAUGCUAAAUGCAAAGUCCUAACACUGAAAUCCUCAAUCACAUGGGCUUCCUUUCCACAGAUUUUGUAGUUAGAUGGAUGAGUUAUUAUGUUCGCCUACAACCAAUGACUAUAGUAAUGAAAUGUUUCCUUCACGCAAGAAACUUAAAUACAAACUUUAAAGGUGGUAUUAGCUCGUACUGUCUCUUGAUUAUGAUUAUUGCAUUCUUCAGAGAUAAUUAGAAUAUUUCUUAAAGCGAUGACUAUUCUAAAAUUUUAACUAAUUUCCUUAAAUACUAUGGAACUACUUUUAAUCCUGAAACUACAGGCAUUUCUCUUGUGAAUGGAAAUCCAUUCUUCCCUUGCGUUAGAAAUCCAUCUUAAUCUAAGCUAUAAGUAGUAGAUCCACUCACAAGCAAGAUAAUGACUUAAAACACUUACUUAAUUGAUGAAAUUUUAAAGGAAUUCUAAAUUUUCUUUAACAAAUUAAAUGAUUUUAGUAAAAAAGUUGAAAAAUAAUUAGACAAAAUGACCUACGAAUAAAUUGAGAGAUUAGAUCAUAUGGAUUGUGAUUAGUAAAAAGAUGAAUUAAACAGAAUUUUCGAAAAAAAUACCAUUCAAAGCAUAAUCUAUGAAAUAGACAACAACAAAACAGAACUUUAUGAAAAAAUAUUCAAACAAGAAUAACAAGAACAUAAUAAAAAUAUUUAAUGCAUGACAAUUUGUGAUAAAAAAAAGUCUAAUGUUUGA